AACUAUCUAUUUUCUCAAUCGGCUGGUGGUCCAGAGAAAUUCUUAUAUCUGAAAGCAAAUAAAAAUAUCUCUGUUCAGCAUCUACCUUUGAAAUUUUGUGGUCCAGACGAGACACUCGACUGAAGCCAUACCUUAAUUUCUUUGAGUAUCUAUGGCUUCAGUCAAGUCCGGUAACUAUCUUUAGUCAUCCCAAAAAGAAAUUCAUGAAAGGGACUGCACUCAAAGCAAAUCAUUCUAGAUUCAACAUUAGAGAUCAAAACUGUUUUAAACAAGAAAUAAAAAAAAGGUACAUGAAGUUCUUAAUUUUUCCUACUCUUUUGUUAUAAAUUUGCUAUCAUUUGAUGUUGCAGAAAGAACUUAUAUUCUCUUUGCUUUUGUUGCCGAAGCAAACACCGCGAAAUGUAAAGUAAUAGUAGCAUGAAUUCAAGUGGUCUUUCUUUGUUGAUGAGGCUAUCAGAAAUGCAUUUCAAGGCGCCUUGUUCAAGUAAAAUUUCCAUCCAUGUUGCUGUCUUUCUUCUCUUAUGCUUCAAUCUUAAAGGUCCUUUCUUUCUUGGUUCAGCAGCCUUGGCAAUUAAUGCAAAUGAAACAGAUCGACAGGCUUUGCUCCAGUUUAAGGCCAAGAUAGCUGGGGAUCAGCUUGGGAUUAUGCGUUCGUGGAACAACAGCGUCCAUUUUUGCCAGUGGCGUGGUGUUAAAUGCGGACGACGACAUCAGAGAGUUACCAGGUUGGACUUGCCAGCACUGAAACUAAUGGGACCAAUAUCACCUUAUAUUGGAAAUUUGAGCUUUCUACGGGUGUUAAGUCUUCAAAACAACAGUUUCAUUCAAGAACUUCCACAAGAAAUAGGCCGUUUACAUAGAUUGGAAGAAAUAACUCUUGAUAGAAACUUCAUAGUUGGUGAAAUUCCUUCCAAUAUAUCUGGUUGUUCGAAGCUCAAACAUCUUUGCAUUCGACACAAUCUGCUAGUUGGAGAAAUACCUGCUGCACUUGGCCACUUGUCAAACCUAAAGGAAUUAGGCCUUACCAACAACACGUUAAGAGGGAGUAUCCCUCCUUUUAUAGGGAACUUGUCAUCUUUGGAGAUAAUCUCUCUAGCUAUAAAUAGAUUGUCUGGGGUUAUCCCUGAAACUCUUGGCCAACUGAAGAAUCUUAUCACUUUUGGCGUGGCAAUUAAUAAAAUGUCCGGUAUCGUUCCUUCCUCACUUUUUAAUCUCUCUAAUAUCAGAAUUCUUGAUAUUGGGGAAAAUAACUUUCACGGUAGUCUUCCCUCACAAUUGGGAGUCAACAUGCCAUAUCUUGAAAAGUUUUAUGUUAGCCUGAACCAACUCAGUGGACCAUUCCCUCUUUCAAUAUCCAAUGCCUCUAACCUCAUCGAGCUUCAGGUUGACGGGAACAAAUUUAGUGGAAAGAUAUCUUCAUUCCGAGAGCUAGAAAAGUUGCAAAGAUUGAAUAUUGGUGCGAAUCUUCUUGGUAGCCAUGGAGCAAAUGACUUAAACUUCCUCUGCUCUUUAACUAGUGCCACCGGCUUGGAAUUGGUGGUUAUAAAUGACAACAGCUUUGGAGGGAUAUUACCUGAGUGCAUAAGCAAUUUGUCAACUGCUUUGACCAUUUUUCUUAUGGAAGGCAAUAACAUAGUGGGAAGAAUACCAUCAGGAUUUGGAAAUCUAAUCAACUUGGAGGUGCUAUCGGCAGGACAAAAUCAAUUAUCAGGUUCCAUUCCAUCUGUUAUUGGCAGGCUUCAAAAGCUACGAUUAUUUUAUGUAAAUAAUAAUUCUAUCUCUGGAUCCAUCCCAACUUCAUUGGGAAAUUUAAAGAUGUUGAUCAAAUUGCAUCUAAAUGACAACAAUCUUCAAGGUGAGAUUCCUCCAAGUCUAGGCAAAUGUGAAAAUCUUAUUUUAUUAGAUCUUUCUAAUAACAAUCUCAGUGGUUCUAUACCUUCCCAAAUAGCUGGAUUAUCGUCCUUGUCUAUCGGUCUAUACUUAUCUUCAAACCGUUUGACUGGCGUGCUUCCCUUUGAAGUAGGAAAUUUAAGAAAUCUUGGUGAAUUAGAUGUUUCUCAAAACAUGUUAUCUGGUGUCAUUCCAAAUGAUCUUGGUAAUUGUAUAAUGCUGGAGGUACUUCUGAUGAGAGGCAAUUUCUUCAAUGGAUCAAUUCCUUCAUCUUUGAGUUCAUUGAGAGGUCUUACAAAUUUAGACCUUUCUAGAAACAAUCUCACUGGUAAAAUUCCUGAAUUUCUUGUGACAUUUGGCGCUUUAAUCUACUUGAAUCUUUCUUGCAACAAUUUCGAAGGUCUAGUACCACUUGAUGGAGUUUUUAAAAAUGCAAGUGCUGCAUUCCUUGAAGGGAACAGUAAGCUUUGUGGAGGCACUCCUGAGUUCCACUUGCCAACUUGUGAUAACUUGAAACAACAUAGAGGAAGAUCAACUAUUUCACUUAAAUCAAUAAUUGCUAUUGUUUCUGCGCUUUCUGGAGUUAUUUUGGUUUUCUUCCUCAUGUUUCUCUUUUGGUUUAGAAAGAAAAGAAAGCAACCAGCAUCACCAAAUGCAGAAAAUCCAUUGUUAAGGUUAUCGUAUCAAAGCAUCCUAAAAGCUACUAAUGGUUUCUCAUCAGAAAAUUUAGUAGGUACAGGUAGUUUUGGUUUCGUAUAUAAGGGAAUUCUUGAAGAGAAUGGAACAAUUAUUGCCGUUAAAGUACUUAAACUUUUGAGUCACGGAGCUUCCAAGAGUUUCUUGGCUGAAUGUGAGGCCUUGAGGAAUGUUAGACAUCGAAACCUUGUCAAGGUAUUAACAGCAUGUUCUGGUGUGGACUAUCAAGGCAAUGAUUUUAAGGCUCUUGUUUAUGAGUUCAUUGCAAAUGGAAGCCUAGAGGAUUGGCUGCAUCCAACUGUUGGCAUGAAUGAGGGAGAAGAGACAGCAAAAAGCUUGAAUUUUUUUCAGAGAUUGAAUGUGGCAGUUGAUGUUGGUUGUGCAUUGGAGUAUCUUCAUCAUCAUUGCGAAGCACCAAUUGUUCACUGUGAUCUCAAACCAAGCAAUAUUCUACUUGAUGAUGAAAUGGUUGGCCAUAUAGGUGACUUUGGGCUAGCAAAAUUCAUUACAUCAGACAUACAAAAUAACACUUCAAGCCUGUCAAGCUCUCUUUGGUUAAGAGGAACAAUUGGUUAUGUUCCUCCAGAAUAUGGCUUGGGAUGUAAUGUGACAACAUAUGGAGAUGUGUACAGCUAUGGCAUUCUUUUGCUGGAGAUGUUUACAGGGAGAAGACCAACUGAUGAAAUGUUUAAAGAGAAUCAGAACCUUCAUAACUUUGUUAAAACAGCUUUGCCAAAUCGAGUGGCUGAGAUUACAGAUCCCACUCUUCUUCAACAAAGUUUCGGAGGAGAAACAGUGAUGAACAAUACUUUCAAUGAGAGCAGCCAAAAACAUAACAGACUUCUUCGGAGCUUGAAUUCAAUAUUUGAAAUUGGAAUUGCUUGUUCUUUUGAAUUGCCAACUGAAAGAAUGAACAUGGUUAAUGUUGUUGCUGAGCUUUGUUCUGUAAGAGACAAGCUGCUUCCAACUCAAUCAUUAAGAACAAGAGCUGCAGGUACUGCUUAAUGGCUUAAGCUUAGUUGGUCCAUUGGCGUGUGAAGAUGCAGUUUUGAUCACUACCACAUUUGAUUGGAAACUCCCUGGGGCUCUGUAUUCUGUCCUGCAAGCAAUCCCUCCCCUGGAAAGAAACAGGGAAAAGAAGAAAAAAUCAUCAUUUCCUUCAGCAGCAGUUACUUAGUCUUGUGCUUAUUAUUCUCUUCUUUUUACUCCUUUCUUCCUAUUUCCUUGUUUUGUGAAAUGAAGGACCAAAUCUGUAAGAAUAUUGGUUUUAGCUUCAAGUUCUUAAUCUUGUGUCUACAUUUCAUGAAUAAAAUUCCACCUCUAGC